AUGAAAGACAACACGAAAAAUGAGUAUGGAACUUUUCCGAUAAUGAUCAACGAGGGUCACUCGGACCAAGUGGGCGAUAAGAAAUUCCUAAGUGGAGGCAUCUACCAUACGAUUCUGGAGAGAGCCAAGUUGCUGUGUCUGUUCCUAACAUGGUACGCCCUAAAUAUCCUAUACAACGUGGACAACAAAAUAGCGCUAAACAUGACAAAGCUUCCCUGGUUUAUCAGCUCAGUACAAUUAUUCACCGGAUGGAUAUUCAUUUGUAUCUAUUGGCUGACUGGCUAUAAGAAGAUUCCCAGAAUAUAUACCUUAGACUUGUUUUUAAAAAACAUAGGGAUCCAGAGUUUCUGUCACAUUAUGGUUCACUUUGGUGCCGUGGUUUCCAUGUCCUGCACCACGGUAUCCUUCACACACGUGGUGAAAGCAUGUGAACCCGUUUUUACAGCCCUACUCUCCAUCCUCCUACUAAAACAGUAUAUGAAAAUAAGUAAAUACUUAACGUUGCUGAUCAUUGUUGGAGGAGUUAUCUGUGCAUCUGUAAAGGAGAUCCACUUCACGUGGUUGUCCUUCUGGUGUGCUACCAUAUCAAAUCUGGGAUCCUCCAUGAGGUCUAUAUACGCCAAGAAAAUGAUGACACAGAAGUCUCUAAUUGGAGAAAACCUGAACGCUUCCAACAUCUAUUCGAUGAUUACCAUUUGUUCAGCUCUCAUGUCUCUACCCCUAGUAAUAGUCUUCGAGGGAAAGUCCGCAUACAACUUUGUCACCAACUACCAGAAUACAACUCUAAGUAAUUACACCUACCAGGAGAUAAUAACUAAGAUUUUUCUUAGCGGUAUUUGGUACUACCUGAACAAUGAAGUUGCUUUUAUGUGUCUCGAGAAAGUGAACCAAGUCACUCACGCUGUGGCCAACUGUAUUAAGCGUGUCGUCAUUAUUGUUUCUUCUAUUAUUAUUUUCCAGACCCAGAUCACCUUGCUCGGUGCCCUCGGUUCUGCCGUUGCGAUCACGGGCGCCUUCCUCUACUCCGUCAUCUAA